GAAGGGACCGAUUCUGACAAGUGCCUGUUGGUAAGAAUCUGCUUGGCAUCUAUACUGAGGGUCUUGGAGGAGGCUGUGUGAAGGAGGCUUCGGGGAGAGUUUGUAGGGGAGAAGGCGCCAUGGACGAUCAAGGCUGCCCGCGGUGUAAGACCACCAAGUACCGAAAUCCUUCCUUGAAGCUGAUGGUGAAUGUGUGUGGACACACUUUAUGUGAAAGUUGUGUGGAUUUAUUGUUUGUGAGAGGAGCUGGAAAUUGUCCUGAAUGUGGCACUCCACUUAGAAAGAGCAACUUCAGAGUUCAACUCUUUGAAGAUCCUACUGUUGACAAAGAAGUUGAGAUUAGGAAAAAAGUGCUUAAGAUAUACAAUAAAAGAGAAGAAGAUUUUCCUAGUCUACGAGAAUAUAAUGACUUCUUGGAAGAAGUAGAAGAAAUUGUUUUCAACUUGACCAACAAUGUUGAUUUGGACAACACCAAAAAGAAAAUGGAGAUCUACCAAAAGGAGAACAAAGAUGUUAUUCAGAAAAAUAAGCUAAAGCUGACUCGGGAACAGGCAGAAUUGGAAGAAGCUUUAGAGGUAGAACGACAGGAAAAUGAACAAAGAAGACUGUUUAUACAAAAAGAAGAACAAUUGCAGCAGAUUCUAAAGCGGAAGAAUAAGCAGACGUUCUUAGAUGAACUGGAGAGUUCUGAUCUCCCUGUUGCUUUGCUUUUGGCUCAGCAUAAAGAUCGAUCUACCCAAUUGGAAAUGCAACUUGAAAAACCCAAAACUAUAAAGCCAGUGACGUUUUCCACUGGCAUCAAAAUGAGUCAACAUAUUUCAUUAGCACCUAUUCAAAAGCUUGAAGAAGCUCUGUAUGAAUACCAACCACUGCAUAUAGAGUCAUGUGGACCACAAGUUCCUGAGCUUGAGAUGUUAGGAAGACUUGGGUAUUUAAACCAUGUCAGAGCUGCCUCUCCACAGGAUCUUGCUGGGGGCUAUACGUCUUCUCUCGCUUGUCACAGAGCGCUACAGGAUGCAUUCAGUGGACUUUUCUGGCAGCCCAGUUAAUCUUUCUUUCAUACUUUACAAGAUUUGGGCCUUGGAACAGAACCAGGAGUUAGCAACAGUAAAAGUAAGCUUGUAAAAUUAUGGCCACAUGCAGCUGCACAACAUCAGUGCCAUCACUAACAACUGUAUUAGAGUAUUUAUUUAUAAAGAGAAAGUUUCAGAACUAGGCUGAGCAAUACAGCAGAUGCAUAUUUGUGAACAGGGUUUUCGCUUUACCUGUAUUUUUCUGAGGGACUGAAGCAGUAGAACCUCAUCUGAUGGAAGAUAUGAUUAACUCCCUGUGUAUGUCUGAGGUUGAUGGACAGACUUGUAAAACCUUUUUAAAAAAUAAAGUGACUUUAUAUUA